AUGAAUUGCAAAGGGCUUUGUCUCUUUGCAGUCUUUCUGCAAUGCAUAGCUUCUUUAUAUGGGUCCACUUUGACCCUAGAAAGAUCAGAAGAAGAACCUGCUGCUCCCAAUAAUCAUCCUGCUUCAGUGCUUUUUUCUAAUGUCUCUGGAAGAAUGGAUGAGCGGGGCAACUGUCAGUGUUCUGUGUACAUGCCUGAUAAUAGCUUUCCAGUACUCAGGGUGGAAUCACUGGAAACUGUUACGCAGGCACUAUCAGUAAAAGUGGCAAGAGAACUUACAAAGGUAAAAGAUUAUUCUAAUCUUUUGAGUGUUUAUGAAAAAAAGAUGUUAAACUUAACAAAGAAGAUUGAAGCAAUGGAGAGGACAAGUAUUUCAUACAAUGAACUGGACUUUGAAUUGCUGAAACUGGAAGUCAGAGAGAUGGAGAGACUGGUCUCGCAACUGAAAGUCUCUUUAUCAGACGGCAAUGUUAUUGUGGACCAGUUAGUUUUUGAGAUUAGGAAUAUGACUCUGAUGAUAGAUCAGCUAGAAAGUCUAGAUAAGAACAAUGUCCUUGCAAUCCGCCGAGAAAUAGUUGCUCUGAAGAAUCGUUUGAAGGAAUGUCAAGAGCACAGCAGUAAAGAGAAUGCAUAUAUCCCAGCUGCUACAUGUGGACACGGAGGGAUUUUGAACAUCAGCAAACCUUUUGUAACACAGUUAAACUACAGAGGGUUUCCCCAUAAAUUUGGUGCCUGGGGUAAAGAUUAUUCUACUGUUGGUGAAGAAAAAACAACCUACUGGGUUGCUCCACUGAACACAGAUGGAAGAUACUUAGAGUACUAUCGACUGUAUAAUAAUUAUGAUGAUUUACUCUUAUACCGACAUUACAGAGAGAAUAGAGUAGAAUACGGACAAGGUAGUGGUCACGUAGUAUAUAAUGGCUCUCUCUAUUAUAACUGCCAUGGUUCUGGUGAUAUGUGCAAACAUGAUAUAAAUACAAACAAGCUAGUGCUGAGGAGAAAUCUCCCAAGUACCGUGUUUAAUAACCGUUUCUCCUACGCUGGUGUAUCUUGGCAAGAUAUUGAUUUUGUUGUGGAUGAAAGUGGUCUGUGGGUUAUUUAUUCCACUGAAGCAAGCACCGGAAAUAUUGUUGUCAGCAAAAUCAAUGAAAGCACACUUAUUGUAGAAAACACUUGGCAAACAAAACAGUAUAAACCCUCCGUGUCUAAUGCAUUUAUAGUAUGUGGUGUAUUGUAUGCUGUUAGGCCUAUAAACACAAGGAAGGAAGAAAUAUUCUAUGCUUUUGACACGAGAACUGGGGAGGAGAGCAGGUUAAAUAUCAUGAUUGAUAAGGUUUUAGAAACAAUUCAAAGUAUCAAUUAUAGUCCUGUGGAACAUAAAUUACAUGUUUACAACGAUGGGUACCUACUGUCAUAUGACUUGGUAUUUCAGCCAUUGACUUCAUCCUAAAUAUAAGUUUUUUAUUGUUAAACAACAUAAAGAUGGCAUUAAUCAUUUUAUAUAUGCUUAGUUUAUAUCACUAGUACAGCAGUGCCUUGCAAAAGACCCACACACAAAUCAUUUACUAUCUUUUCUUUUUUUAGCAUUUUAUAUUUGCAUUGUUUUCUAGUCCUGGGACAAACCCUUUGAAAGCUCUCUUGAGUAUUUUUUUUUAAUCUUACCUCCUCCAAUUUGUGACAGAUAAUAAUGUUAUUGCUCUAAUUAAGCAAUCACUGUGUAGCCAGUUGUAGAGAUUCUGUAGGAUUACACUCCAGCUUCUCUUGGUGGGGGGCACAAAAUAAACAAUUUCAGAGGUAGAGGAUGUACUCUCUGAGUGCAGAAGGAAAAAAAAUACAAUUACAGAAAAGGCUGUCAACACAAAAUAAUGAAAGUACUGUAUGUUGCAACAUAUAUUUAACUACUCAGUAUUACUUAUUAUUAAGCAUUUGGGGCUAGAUUAUGUGGAGCGUAAAAUAUCACUUCUACAAUAUUACAAGCUAGGUGCAGUGAGAAAUGGCAUGAGAACUAGCACAGCGAAGGGGGUAAGUUGCACAACAAUGGCAGCAGAUUUAAAAUAUAUAUGUACUAUAUAUGACUAUAUACAUAUAUAUUUAUGUGUUAAAAUGUGUAUAUACACAUAGUAACACAUACAUAUAUGUAUGCAUAUAUUCAUAUACAUAUAUAUUCACAGGGAACACAAAGCUCCCACUUUUCCUUGCUGUUUGUUUUCUACCACCCCACACCCGCCAACUUUAACUCCUCAUAUUUGUAUUUUGCAGGGUUUUUUAUUAAAAAAAUGCUAAAAAAAAUUCAAUAAAUUAAAAAGAAUAUUCUUUGUUUUGGGGACAAUUGGGGGUUAUUUGGAAAAUUAUCCAGAGGUCUGACCUCUGGUUAAUUUUCUGAGCGCUAAUUGCUACUGCAAGUUGUAAUGGCUGGUUAUUUAUAACGCGCCUGUAAACGGGCAAAAUUUUCCAUUUACAGGCACACAAUAAAUUAGCACACCACUUGUAAUCUAGGCCUUCGAUCUGAGUAUAAUGUCUCAGGAUAAAAUUAACUAAAUACCCAUAAUUAUUUUUAUUUUUUUAAAAGGGGUUUUCUUAUAACAAUCCUUGUAAUUCUUCACACCCAAACUGCAGCUGAGAGAUUUUUUUUUUGCAAAUACCAAUUAGUUUCCUGUUUAGUGUAGAGCUUUAUUAGGGUUGUGUUGCUUUGCAGAGCUCGCUAUUCAUUUGGCUGCCUAUUGGUUAAGUGUUUUUGUGCCAAAGCGCUGUGUUCUGAAUAUUAUCUGGCUCGGACUUCUGUGCCUAGACAGAUGGACAGUUUUAUAAAUUAGCCAUUUCAUAACAUGAGCCAAAUACCAAAGAAAUAUCACAAGUAUUGUAUUGAUUUUCUAUGGAAAAUCCCUAUUGAGUCUGUGGGGUGCUUUGUAGAUAAAUCAUUUGAUUUUGAUUAACUCCUAUGUGUUUAACGCAAAGGGACACUAAAGUCAAAAUUAAAGAGUUGUGAAUCAGAUAGACCCUGCAGUUUUAAGAGACUUUCUAGUAUACUUUUGUUAUCAAAUUGUGCAUAGUGGUUUUAUAUGCACACUUUCUGAGGCACCAGCUGCUUCUGAGCAUGUGCAAAAGUUCACGGUGAAUACACAUAUGAGUCUGUAAUUGGCUGAUGGCUGUAACAUGAUACAAAAGGCUGGCAAAUUAAAGUAACAUUUGAAUUGUGUCAGAAAAAAUUCUACUUCUCAUUUAAAAUUAGCGUUAGUGCUAUUGUAUUGUCUUUUACUAUCUGCUUGUUGGUUAUGUAAUUCUAUUGUAUUUAAUUUAACACAUUGCUAAAGUCAGUAGUGCAAAUCGAAUAAGCCAGUGACAAGAGGCAUAUGCAUGUAAUCACCAGUUCCCAGCUAGAUUCCAGUAGUGCAUUUCUGCUCCUGAACAUCUACUUUAACAAAGGAUACCAAUAGAAUAAAGUAAAUUGAAUAAAAUUAAAUGGAAAAGUCAUAAUUUCAUGCUCUAUCUGAAGAUUCAUUUUGACUUUAUGUUCUCCUUUAAGGGGACAGUGAAGUCAAAAUUAAACUUUCAUAUUCUAGAGCAUGUAAUUUUAAACAACUUUCCAGUUUACUUCUAUUAUCAAAUUUGUUUUGUCCUCUUUGUAUUAUUUGUUGAAGAGUUAACCUAGGUGGGCUCAGGACUUCAGGAGAGUGCACGCGUGUUUAGCAGUUUUUUGUGCCAAAACGCUUUGUUCUGUGUUCUGAAUAUUAUCUUGCUAGGACUUCUGUGCCUAGACAGAUGGACAGUUUUAUAAAUUAGCCAUUUCAUAACGUAAGCCAAAUACCGGAGAAAUAUCCACAGUAUUGUCUUUCUACAAAUACAGAGAAAAACCUACUGCAUGUGUGAACAAUGCUUUAAAGUAAUAAUAAUAUAAAAGUAUUACAUGUAUGUAAAAGGCAAUUUUAAUAAAAGUUUGAAAGAGACUGAAAUUAAA